AUGAUCAUACGCAAGAGUAACACACUGAAAAAGCUGUUGGAUCGAUGGCCCGGUAAAAAAUCACUAGGGAUAUAUCGAUUUCUACCCAUCUUCUUCGGUCUUGGUGCAGCAUUAGAAUUUUCGAUGAUCCAUUGGAGAGUUGGUGAAACAAAUUUCUAUAACACGUUUAAAAAGCGACAGGCUAAAGAAAUCGUAGAGGAAAAGCUAAGGUUACAUCAGCUGGAACCCAUACCGUUAAAGUAGAUCGUACAUCGAAUUAUAAAUAACCAUGCCCGCUGGUGUUCCCAUGCGGCAGUAUCUCACCUUUACGGUGGCCGCUCUGCUGUCCAUGUUCGUCGGUUCGCAAGUUGUGCACACCUACUACCAUCCACUGCGGG